UCACUUGAGGCAGUUCCGGUCUAGAAAGGCUGUAGAAAAGAAAACACUCCAUCAUCGACCAGCUUGGCAGCUACUCUCUCCCUCUCUCUCUCUCAAAGAGAGAACUGAAAUGACCUCUCCUGAAAAUAGUACUAACAUCGACGCCGCAUCUCUCCAUUCAAAACUCUAUGAAUCUUCAACACAAAUCCAAUUAAAGCUCUAUCCUUUCGAGACAUAGAUCUCUAUCUGCAAAAAUGGAUAUACUGUUCGCUCAGAUCCAAGCGGACCUUCGCUCAAAUGACGCCCUCCGCCAAUCCAGCGCACUCCUCCAAGCCCUCCAGCAAUCCGCCGCCGGCCGCGACAUCUCCGUCAUCGCCAAGACCGCCGUCGAAGAGAUCGUCGCCUCCCCGGCCUCCGCUAUAUCCAAGAAGCUCGCAUUCGAUCUCAUCCGCUCCACCCGCCUCACCGCUGACCUUUGGGAAACUGUCUGCACCGGCAUCCGCACCGAUUUCGACUUCCCCGAUCCUGAAGUCACCGCUGCCGCCGUGUCCAUCCUCGCUGCGAUCCCCUCCUACCGCCUCGGCAAGCUCAUUACCGACUGCAACAAAGAAAUCUCCAACUGUUUUGAGUCUUUCAGUGUUAAUUUGCGGUUUUCAAUCACAGAAACUCUCGGUUGCAUUCUUGCCAGGGACGAUCUCGUGACGCUCUGUGAAAAUAACAUUAAUUUGCUGGAUAGGGUUUCGAAUUGGUGGACUAGGAUUGGGCAGAACAUGCUGGACCAGUCCGAUGCCGUGUCCAAAGUCGCGUUCGAGUCCGUUGGUAAGUUGUUUCAGGAGUUUGAAUCGAAGAGAAUGAGCAGAUUGGCGGGUGAUAAACUUGUGGACAGCGAGAACUCGGUUGCCAUCAGAUCAAAUUGGGUUUCAUCGAUGGUGGAUUUCGUUUGGAGCAAGCGAAAUGCAUUGAUGGCGAGGUCGUUGGUUCUUCCAAUUGAAAGUUUUAGGGCAACGGUUUAUCCAACUGUAUAUGCUGUGAAGGCGGUGGCUUCAGGUGCCAUCGAGGUUAUUAGAAAGCUUUCCAAGUCUUCUAAAAGUUCCGACAGCAGCACAUUAGACUCCGGGAAUGCAGAGAAGUUUGUGGGAGUUUCGGAUGUUGUUAUACAUCUGGCACCAUUUUUGGCAUCGUCAUUGGAGCCAGCAUUGAUUUUUGAAGUGGCUAUCAACAUGUUGUACCUGGCUGAUGUUCCUGGAGGGAAGCCUGAGUGGGCUUCUACGUCGAUCAUUGCCAUUCUCACACUCUGGGACAGGCAGGAAUUUUCUUCAGCCAGAGAAAGUAUUGUCAGGGCUGUUGUUACAAAUCUACACCUCCUUGAUCUUAAUAUGCAGGUUUCGUUGUUUAAAAGGUUGCUUCUUAUGGUGAGGAACUUGAGGGCGGAAUCAGAUCGCAUGCAUGCUUUGGCAUGCAUCUGCAGAACAGCUCUUUGUGUUGACCUUUUUGCAAAAGAAAGCGUUCGAAGAGGUCAAAAACCUCUUCCUGGGACUGAUAUUGCGUCACUUUUCGAGGAUGCAAGGAUAAAGGAUGACCUCAACAGCAUAACAAGUAAAAGUUUAUUUAGAGAAGAAUUGGUUGCUACAUUGCUAGAGAGCUGCUUUCAGUUGUCUUUACCAUUGCCUGAACAAAAAAAUUCUGGUAUGGAAAGUAGGGUUAUUGGAGCAUUGGCAUAUGGGACUGGUUAUGGUGCAUUAAAUUGGACAGAGCCAGCUUUGGAAGUGGUGGAAGUCUGUCGGCCUUGUGUCAAAUGGGAUUGUGAGGGUCGAACAUACGCGAUCGAUUGCUACUUGAAGUUGCUGGUUAGGCUUUGCCAUAUUUAUGAUACCAGGGGAGGUGUGAAACGAGUCAAAGACGGGGCCUCUCAGGAUCAGAUUUUAAAUGAAACAAGGUUACAGAACUUGCAACAUGAGCUUGUAAAAGAUCUUCGUGAGGUGAAUACUCCUAGAAUUUGUGCACGUCUUAUUUGGGCUAUUUCAGAACACAUUGAUUUAGAAGGUCUAGACCCCCUUCUUGCUGAUGAUCCUGAGGACCCGCUUAAUAUUAUUAUAUCAAAUAUCCACAAAGUUCUAUUCAAUAUAGACUUGUCGUCAACUUCAACAAAUAGGCUUCAAGAUGUUCAGGCAGUUCUUUUGUGUGCUCAGCGGUUGGGAUCACGUCAUGCUCGAGCAGGGCAGUUGCUGACCAAAGAGCUAGAAGAGUUUCGAAAUGAUGCAUUGGCUGAUUCGGUCAACAAACAUCAGUGUCGUUUAAUAUUGCAAAGAAUCAAGUAUGUUGCGAGUCAUCCAGAGAACAGGUGGGCCGGUGUUGCUGAAGCCAGAGGAGAUUACCCGUUUAGCCACCACAAACUAACUGUUCAGUUUUACGAAGCAUCCGCAGCUCAGGACAGAAAGUUGGAAGGAUUAGUUCACAAGGCGAUUUUAGAACUUUGGAGGCCUGAUCCUAGUGAAUUAACUCUUUUGUUGACAAAAGGAAUUGACUCUACUCUGCUUAAGGUUCCUCCAAGUGCAUAUACUUUGACCGGUAGUAGUGAUCCUUGUUAUGUUGAAGCAUAUCAUUUGACAGACUCGAGCGAUGGAAGGAUCACUCUGCACUUAAAGGUAUUGAAUUUGACUGAAAUUGAACUCAACCGGGUGGACAUUCGGGUAGGGUUGUCUGGUGCAUUAUAUUUUAUGGAUGGAUCUCCUCAAGCAGUGCGACAGUUGCGUGAUCUUAAUUCACAGGAUCCAGUGCUUUGCAGUGUGACUGUGGGUGUAUCCCAUUUUGAGAGAUGUGCCCUUUGGGUUCAAGUUUUGUACUACCCCUUCUAUGGAAGUGGUGCUCCGGGGGAUUACGAAGGUGACUAUACUGAAGAAGAUCCACAAGUCAUGAGACAAAAAAGAAGCCUGAGGCCAGAAUUAGGAGAACCGGUGAUUCUGAGAUGUCAGCCUUACAAGCUUCCACUUACAGAGCUGCUUCGGCCACAUAAAAUCUCACCUGUUGAAUAUUUCCGCUUAUGGCCUAGCUUACCCGCUGUGGUAGAGUACACUGGUACAUAUACUUAUGAAGGAAGUGGAUUUAUGGCAACUGCUGCACAGCAAUAUGGGGCUUCUCCUUUUCUGAGUGGGCUGAAGUCUCUGUCUUCCAAACCUUUCCAUAGAGUUUGCUCACACAUUAUCCGGACAGUGGCUGGGUUUCAGCUUUGCUUUGCUGCAAAAACUUGGUAUGGAGGCUUCUUGGGUAUGAUGAUCUUUGGUGCCAGUGAAGUAAGCAGAAAUGUGGACCUAGGAGAUGAGACAACCACCAUGAUAUGCAAAUUUGUGGUUCGUGCUUCUGAUGCAGCAAUCACAAAGGAGAUUGGAUCAGAUCUACAGGCCUGGUUGGAUGACCUUACUGAUGGGGGUGUGGAGUACAUGCCUGAAGAUGAAGUUAAGGUGGCUGCUGCUGAGAGGCUACGGAUCUCAAUGGAACGAAUAGCCUUGCUAAAGGCAGCUCAACCACCUCCGAAGGCUCCAAAAUCCGAUGACGACGAAGAAGAGGACGAGGAGGAAGAAGGAGAUGGGGAGGAGAAGAAGAAAAAGAAAGAAAAGAAGGAAAAUGGUGAGGAGGAUGGUAAACCCAAGGGACCAUCAACUUUGUCGAAGUUAACUGCCGAGGAGGUUGAGCAUCGUGCUCUUCAGGUGGCGGUGCUGCAGGAGUGGCAUACGCUCCAUAAAGAUAGAAGCACCAAGGUUAAUUGACCUCUAUCAAUUCCUAUAUAAGAGGAGGGUUGGGACGUAUUCUUUGUACUCCUAUAUUGUAUUUUGAUUUUUGAUAAAAUGGUUAGGUAGAUGCCGGAACUAUGGAGUGCUCUAUUUUCGCUGUAUUUCCCUUUUUUAUUUUAUUUUAUUGUAAUUUUGGUUUUUUAAUUUUAUUUUUAUUUUUGAUUCUCUUGUACAUUUUGUACCGGCUAGUCAUUAAUCGGUUGUUCAUUUUGAGAGAGUGAGA